GCUCCGUUGCGGCGCAGGUUUUGGUCACAAGUAGGAAGAAGCCAGUGCACGACACCGGCACAGAGAAGCGGGAGCCGCCACCGCAUCGCGGCCGUGGGUUCCGUCGUCGCUGCCUGGGAGCAGGAGUAGGGCGGAAGCCGGAGCAGGCGAAGGACGAGGCCGCCGGGACAGGAGCUUUCCAACCUACUCUACCGUCUUCUGCUUCUGUAUGCGCGCGGUGCACCGGACCACUGGAUCAGUCACCUGGGCGACAGGGAUUCCCGAGCGGGGGAGCCGGAGCGGACGGGACCCUCCGUCCGUCGGCUGCGGCCCGAAGGCGCCCCCACGGGGCGGAGCAGUCUCUGCCGCGGUCUCCUACGAGUAGCUGAGUGUCCGGCGAGCGACCGGUGCCCCGCGCCCGGAACGAGCGGCAGCCGUCAGAGGAGGAGAAGGGGGCGGCCAUGGGGCUGCUGUCCCAAGGCUCGCCACUGAGCUGGGAGGAGACCAAGCGCCACGCUGACCACGUGCGGCGGCACGGGAUCCUCCAGUUCUUGCACAUCUACCAUGCUGUCAAGGACCGGCACAAGGACGUGCUCAAGUGGGGCGACGAGGUGGAAUACAUGUUGGUCUCUUUUGAUCAUGAAAAUAAAAAAGUCCAGUUGGUCCUGUCUGGAGAGGAAGUUCUUGAAACUCUGCAAGAAAAGGGGGAAAGGACAAACCCAAACCAUCCUACCCUUUGGAGACCGGAGUACGGGAGUUACAUGAUCGAGGGGACACCUGGACAGCCAUACGGAGGAACGAUGUCCGAGUUCAACACAGUUGAGGACAACAUGAGAAAACGUCGGAAGGAGGCUACUUCUCUGUUAGAAGAAAAUCAGGCUGUUUGCACUAUAACUUCAUUUCCUAGUACCCUAACAAGAAAUAUCCGACAUAGGAGAGGAGAAAAAGUUGUCAUCAAUGUACCAAUAUUUAAGGACAAGAAUACACCAUCUCCAUUUAUCGAAGCAUUUCCUGAGGAUGAUGAGGCAGCAAGGGCUUCUAAGCCCGAUCAUAUUUACAUGGAUGCCAUGGGAUUUGGGAUGGGCAAUUGCUGUCUUCAGGUGACAUUCCAAGCCUGCAGCAUAUCUGAAGCCAGAUACCUGUAUGAUCAGUUGGCUACAAUCUGUCCAAUUGUUAUGGCUUUGAGUGCUGCGUCUCCAUUUUACCGAGGCUAUGUGUCAGACAUUGAUUGUCGCUGGGGAGUGAUUUCUGCAUCUGUAGAUGAUAGAACUCGGGAGGAGAGAGGACUGGAGCCACUUAAGAACAAUAACUAUAGGAUCAGUAAAUCCCGUUAUGAUUCAAUAGACAGUUACUUAUCUGAGUGUGGUGAGAAAUACAAUGAUAUCAACUUGACAAUAGAUAAAGAAAUCUACGAACAACUUUUGCAGGAAGGCAUUGACCGUCUCCUGGCCCAGCAUGUUGCUCAUCUCUUUAUUAGAGACCCACUGACUCUGUUUGAGGAGAAAAUACAUCUUGAUGAUGCCAAUGAGUCUGAUCAUUUUGAGAAUAUUCAGUCCACAAAUUGGCAGACGAUGAGAUUUAAGCCCCCUCCUCCAAACUCAGAUAUCGGAUGGAGAGUAGAAUUUCGGCCCAUGGAGGUUCAGUUAACAGACUUUGAGAACUCUGCAUAUGUGGUGUUUGUGGUACUCCUUACCAGAGUGAUCCUUUCAUACAAGUUGGAUUUUCUCAUUCCACUCUCAAAGGUGGAUGAAAACAUGAAAGUGGCACAGAAACGAGAUGCUGUCCUGCAGGGAAUGUUUUAUUUCAGGAAAGACAUUUGCAAAGGUGGCAAUGCUAUGGUGGACGGGUAUGGCAAGGCCCAGAACAGCGCUGAGCUUGCCCCCGAGGAGUACACUUUAAUGAGCAUAGACACCAUCAUCAACGGGAAGGAAGGUGUGUUUCCUGGGCUGAUCCCAAUUCUGAACUCUUACCUUGAAAAUAUGGAAGUGGAUGUGGACACCAGAUGUAGUAUUCUAAACUACCUAAAGCUCAUUAAGAAGAGAGCAUCUGGAGAACUAAUGACAGUUGCCAGAUGGAUGAGGGAAUUUAUCACAAACCAUCCUGACUACAAGCAAGACAGUGUCAUAACUGAUAAAAUAAACUAUAGCCUUAUUUUGAAGUGUAACCAAAUUGCAAAUGAAUUAUGUGAGUGCCCAGAGUUACUUGGAUCUUCAUUUAGGAAAGUAAAAUAUAGCAGAAGUAAAACUGACUCUUCCAACUAGACAUUCUGCAGAGAGAAAAAUACCUUACUAUGUUGUGCCAGUACCAUGACUCUCCCUCAGCCCAUGGUGUGCAGUAUGAAGACCAAAUAAUAGCACUGCACUGUCCUGGGACAGUGGGCUGGAAACUGAUUUAGAGGCUUCCUUCAGUAGGUAAAUCUAGAGUUUAUACAGUAUACAUGUACAUAGUAAAGUAUUUUUAUGAUUAACAAUGUAUUUUAAUAACAUUGUAUCUAAAAGCAUUGUGAACUGGCUUGUACAUUUUUUAAAUCUUACCCUGAAGGAACUGCUGUCUAAGCAGUUUUGUAAAUGCACUGGUCACUGUACUGUACUGGCAUUCCAGAGCUUAAAUGUUUACUGUAAAUUUUUGUUCUUCUAAAAACCUACCUGGGACCUGAUUCACUGAAAUUUACCACUUCACUUUAAAAAGUUUCUCAUUUAAUUUUUCUUUAAGUCAUCUUUUUUGUUAUGUACAUAAAAUCACUUGAAUCCAUUAAAGUGCUUCAAGGAUAAUCUUGGAUUUCUACCACCUUAUCUAUGAUGUUUCUUUCUACAGUGGGAAUAGCUAGCCACUUGGUCACCCUGCCCCAAGCUUUUACCACUAAAUAAAACCCAGUGAACUGAUGGUUGUUAUAAAAGAUACUUUCCUCUGUCUUUUUGUUUAAAUUUGCUGAUUCAGGCAUUAGGUCUAAAGACAACUCUGUAGGAGUUGAAUUCACAUGUAUUGAUUAUUGAAAAGAAUCUUUUUUUCUUGCUGUACAUACCAAAAGUAUGUCAAAAAAAAGACAUCAGCUCUUCUGUUGUGGCCCGUUUAUUCUGAUUGCUGCUGUAUACUUAAAUUUGCAAAAUAAAUGCAGUUGCUGAAGUUUUGUUACUUUUUCCUCAGUUUCCAGUAAGCAUAUUGACAGACUUUCUUCUAAAAGCCAUUAACUUCGAAUUUUACCUGGGGGGUAUUCUGUAUACUGCUUACUUCUCUGUAAAACUCAUAAAUAAAUCAUGAAAUGCACUAAGUUUUCCGAAUCAGGACCCUAAAUGUUUAAUUGUAAAUAAGUUCCAAAUAAUUGUUGUCAUAACUUUGUGUCGAGGUCUUUUUUUUUUCUUUGGUCCCAAUUAGUUAAAACUCAACUGCUUCUGAAAUAACAAUGUAUUGUAGAUUAUGCAGACUUUUACAGGCAUAAAUAUUUAAACUAUAAUGCUAAUUUUAAGAGAUUGCAAUAAAGCUGCUUCAGGUAAACCUGUUUAUGUUUAAAUUCUAGGGUUUGUGCUAUAUUUCAUAGAUGCAUUUUGGAGGAUUAAAGAAUGCCUGUUUUUCAUUUGCAGUUUGCUUGUAUAAAUCAGGUUGUAAAAAAACAGAUAAACUAAAAUGUGGUAUGAAGAAAUAAAAGAAUGGAAUUUAGCAUUGUGAAAUCUCUUGAAUGUGUAUGAAUUCUACAACUAAAAGGAUUUAGGAAUGGUAUUGGGGUUUUUGUUUUGUUUGGGAUUUGUUUGGUUUUUUGUUUUUUUUUAUUAGCCCAGAUAUUCCAUGAAAGGAUUUCUGUCAUUGUGACCUUCAGGCAUUUUUAGAAAGAGGCAUACUAAUGUGAAGACACCCUCA